CAGGGAUAUAAACUAGUCAAUCCCAGCCAGCUCACAAGAAGAAAGGUGAAAAUUCAUCCCAAAACCGAGCCCCUGGCAACAACAAGAUGUCCCAUGAAUAUUGUCUCGACGCCCUCGUUGUAGGGACUGGUUUCUCUGGUAUCUAUACCCUGUAUACCCUCGCCAAGGAAGGCUUGGCCGUCCAGGCGAUUGAAAAGGAAAGUGACGUCGGUGGCACAUGGUAUGUGAAUCGAUAUCCCGGUGCUCUGAGCGACAGCUGGAGUCAUGUUUAUCGCUAUGCCUUCGACGAAGAACUACUCCAAACCCAUCCGGUUGUGAGAAGAUAUUCCACCCAGCCGGAGAUCAUGGACUAUCUCAAGCAUGUCGUCGAGAAACAUGAUCUCCGCGACCGCAUUCAUUUCAAUACGGAGAUGAUCGCAGCCCGAUGGGAUGAUAUUGCCAAGGAGUGGAGGGUCCAGUGUCAGACUGGCGAUGUAUAUCGGGUGAAAUACCUUGUCACGGCUGUCGGGGCCCUCGUCAAGCCCAAGGUUCCUGAUAUCCCUGGUCUAAAAAGCUUCAAAGGCCGGGUUGCCCACACAGCUACCUGGGAUCCAAGCAUCCAAGUGGAGAACAAACGUGUUGGUGUCAUAGGCGUUGGUUCAAGCGGGGUGCAAGUAGUCACUGCUAUUGCUAGCAAGGUGAAAUCGCUCCAUGUUUUCAUCCGUACUCCGCAGUAUACUAUUCCAGCAAACGACAAGCAGAUAACUCCCGAAGAGCAGAAAUCAUUGGAUGAAAAGUUCCCGCAGGUCUGGUCAGACGUAUUGACUUCUCGGCUGGGAAUGGGCUUUCUGGAGCAAGACAGACCAAUCAUGUCCGUAUCCUCAGAAGAGCGUGAGGAGAUCUUGGAGCAUCUCUGGAGGGACGGAAACGGUAUCCAGAUGAUGUUUGCAGCAUUUUCAGAUAUUGCUGUGGACGCAGCGGCUAAUGAAGAGGUUUGCCGAUUCCUUCGCAGGAAGAUUGCAGAGAUUGUGAAGGAUCCCAAGAAGCGAGCUAUUUUGACUCCAAAGGAUGCCUGGAACCGACGGCCGUUGUCAGACGCUGGAUUUUAUGAGCAGUUCAACCGGGAGAACGUGUAUGCGAUUGAUAUAAAGAAACAUCCCAUCACCGAGGCAACGGCAAAAGGUCUAUGUACUUCAGACGGCAAACUCUACGAGCUAGACGUGAUAAUAGUCGCAACUGGCUUUGACGCUAUGGACGGAACCUACGCUCAAAUCGACAUUCAAGGGCGCGAGAAGGGCGAAACUCUGUAUGGCCGCUGGAAGCGUACUGGUCCGGACUGCUAUCUGGGCUGCUCAGUUGCAGGAUUCCCGAACCUGCUGACCGUGCUUGGACCGAGGGUGGCUUUCGGAAAUGUGCCUCCGUUGUUGGAGAUACAAGUUAGCUUUUUGACAGACGCGAUCCGGCGGGCCCAGGAUAUCACCAAACACACAGGGAAGCAAUGUGAAAUUGAAGCAACGAAACAAGCUGAGCGCGAGUGGACUGAGGUAUGCGAACAUAUAGCGAAGAUACUUCUUUUCAACAAAGGAUCAUCGUGGAUGUUUAGGAAGAACUCACCAGGAGACGCAACGUCGAGUCUUUUCUACUUUGGGGGACUGGGAGCAUUCCGAGCCAAACUGGAAGAUACAAAAGUCAACGGGUUUGCUGGGUUCAAGAACCCAUUUGGCCCUGCUGCAGAAGCUCGCGCACAGCUCUAAAUCAUAUUUGGGACAUAUCCUGAUUCAUUUGAUCCUCAUUCGUUAGGUGUUGAUGUACCGAAUUGUUGGCUUGUAUUGUAUGAUAAAAGCUUCAAAUAUGCGCAGAUUUGUAUCCUGCUGUGUCAAUAGUAGGCACAUAACAGAGCGUUUUGGGUGAGAGAGGUCCAGGAAGUGGAUGUCACUAGGUCCUACUAAUGACCUCAGGCAUCACAUUUUCUCGAUUAGGAAGGACCCCCCUGUCAGCCUCGUCGCGUCCCAGACAUUGAACCGGCGCGUCGUUAUUGGCCAGGAGGACAAAGUGGAUUUUCGCGAUUGUUCCAACAUCUAGGAGAGUAGAGAGCUUCUAUUGGCUAGAGGAAACUGCAGAUUACCGGUGAAUGAGUCGUUGGAAAUACCUACCAUGGGCCCGGGAUGACACGAUUAUUACUUGCCGA